GUCAUCGCCCGACACCGUUCUACUCAAGUUCUUCGCUAUAUCGUGACAGUUCCGAAUCGAUUCGGUAUCAGUUUACGUUUGUUUUCCGCCGAUUGAACACACGGGUUCCCGGUCACCCUCCGCGCGCACGUUCCUUAACCAGAGUGAAUUGUAAGGUUUUGACCCUUCGUCGAGUGGUUCCUUGGUCCGCGUGUGCUGUGUAUAGAAACGGUGUGCAAUGAUGAACAAGGCGAUUAAGCUCAACACAGGAUUCAGUAUUCCAUUGAUUGGAUUUGGUACCUACCAAAUCCGCGGCAGCCAGUUGAUCUACGACUUGUUGGAUUACGCAUUGAAGGCAGGCUAUCGACACAUUGACACCGCCGUGUGCUAUCGUAACGAGGCGGACAUCGGAACCGCCCUGAAGACGUUGCUUCCAAAGUACAACCUCAAGCGGGAGGACAUUUUCAUUACGUCCAAGAUCAUCCCCCAGCUCAACCAGGGCGAGCACUUUGUGGAGGAGCUCGUGCUGAAGUCAUUGGCCAACUUACAAACGGAAUACAUUGACCUUUACCUCAUCCACUGGCCCGGCGUUAGCGGGCUCCAGGUGUCCCAUCCGGACAAUGUCAAGUACCGUCGGUGCACGUGGAACGUGCUGGCCAGGAUGCACCGCGAGGGCAAGUGUCGCUCGAUCGGGGUGUCCAACUACACGGUGCGCCACAUCCGGGAGCUGCUGGCCGAGUGCAAGGACGGGGUGCUACCGGCUGUGAAUCAGGUUGAGUGGCACCCGCAGCACUACCAGCCCGAACUGCUCGAGCUGUGCCGUGCCGAGGGAAUCUUCCUGCAGGCGUACUCCUCUCUGGGAACCUCCGGCAGUACCCAGCUGCGGGAACACCCUACGGUGGCCGACAUCGCCUCUCGCCUAGGUCGUUCUCCGGCCCAGAUUCUGCUCCGUUGGGCCGCCCAACAGGACGUGGGCAUCCUGCCGAAAGCGAGUUCGCAGGCGCGUAUUGAAGAGAACAUUGCGCUCGACUUUGAGAUCCCCAAGGAGGACACGAGCCUGCUGGACGAGCUGAGGAAAAGCAGCGGUGCGAAGAAGUACGCCUGGGAUCCGACCCCGGUCGUUUAGAAACGAAUCUGUUGUUGUUCUCACACGUCACGUGGUGCCUUUCGUUUGCAUUUUUUGUUUUAAAUCAUUCUUAUACAUUUUUGCUGAAAGCUUAUUUAAGUCGGUGUACUGUGUACGGUUUUAAGAAGUAGAACGAAAAUAUAAUUUUUAUUUUGCUAAAGCUAGAAA